UUCUCCUCUCCUCGAGCCACAACUGCCUCUCCUUCCCUCCUUCGCGGCCUUCUUCCUUCCAUCCUUCUUUCUCCUCAUUGCAUUCCAGUCCUUCGUUAAAGACUCUUACCAUUCUCCCUCUUACCUUUUGAAGGCUCCGCCGAAAGAACGACCAUCACCUCGUCGCUCUUGCCCUUUCAACUCGCACACCACCACUCGUUCUCUCUGCACUCGAUCGCGUCCCUUCCCACUUUCUUCAGUAGACUUUAAUCACAAAGCCCGUCACAAUGCUUGUCAAGUACCUCGCUCCCGCCAUCGUGGCGAUUGGCGCCGCUUCUGCCCAGACGGCCACCUCUACCUGCACUGUCAGCGGCGGCACCACCACCAUCAACAGCCAGGCCGAUGCUACCGGUCUUGCUAAGUGCAAGACUAUCAAGGGUUCCGUUGUUGUUACCAAGGAGGUUGCCGGUGACUUCCAGUUGAGCGGUCCUCAGAUCAUCACUGGCGAUCUCAAGAUCGAGAACAACCCCAACAUUAACAGCGUUGGCUCCGACACCCUCGAGCAGAUUGGUGGCGAGUUCAGACUUGUCGAGACCACCCAGCUCAACUCCGUUAACAUGCUCAAGCUUAACUCUGUCAGCAAGCUCACCUGGCAGUCCAUCGGCAACGUUCCCGACAUGGGCAUGACCCAGCUCAGCAAGGUCGACGAGAUCACCAUCUCCGACAGCCAUCUCCGCAACAUCGAUGCCAUCAACGUCACCAGCAUCAAGAGCAUGAACCUUGACAACAACCAGUUCAUCACCAAGUAUGAGCCCGCUAUCAAGGAGAUCACUGGCGACCUCACUAUCCAGGCCAACGGUCUCGACAUGGAGGUCGGCUUCCCCAACCUCAUCUGGGCCAUGAACAUGGCUAUCUCGGAUGUCUCCAAGAUCAGCUUCCCCUCCCUCCAGGUUGUCAACGGCUCUGCCCGCUUCGACAACAACAAGUUCGAUAGCUUCAGCUUCCCCAACCUCACCGAGACCAAGACUGGUGAUAUCUCGUUCGUCGGUAACGAGAACAUGCAGAACCUGACCUUCCCCAAGCUCACUCAGGUUGGCGGUGGUCUUCUCGUCGCCAACAACACUGAGCUUGAGGAGAUCAACGGUUUCCCCGCUCUCCAGACCGUUGUCGGUGCCAUCAAGCUCCGUGGUAACUUCACUGAGGUCAAGUUCCCCAAGCUCCAGAGCGUCCGUGGCGCUUUCGAUCUCUCCUCCACCAACGAUGUCACCGACGACUGCAAGGUUCUCGCCAAGAUGGCUCCCAAGACGCAAGGAGGUAACGGUGAGAUCGAGGGUACCUUCGACUGCCAGUCCAACAACGAGGAGGCCAACCAGGAUACCUCCGGUAAGACCGGCUCUGGUCAGGGUGUCACCGGUGGCAGCUCUGGCAGUGGCUCUGACAAGAAGGACAGCGGUGCUGCUGGUCUCUCCGUCAACGCUGGUCUCUUCCUUGCCGCUGCCGGCGUCCUUGCCCAGCUCCUCCUGUAAAGAACGCUAGGAUGACGUGUGAACAUAAUGGUGUAUCGUGGGUCGGAAAUGUGGGGGCGUUUUUCUCUCGAUUACUACUGCAAAUCAGAUGGGAUUACUAAUUGGGCCAUCCUGUUGCGCGCACAAAUAUUCUCUGUUGUUUCUCUCGGCUGAGAUGGAAAAUUUUGUCGUUUGUUGUUUAGCUUUGCUGCCGCCUGUGUUUUUUUUUUCUGGGCUGCAUGGAGCGCACACAUCACAUGACCCCGUAUUUGCAGAAAGAAACCACUACUAGACUUAAUAACCUCUCUCACUCUCUCACUCUCUCUCCACCGUCCCUCAACAUAUCAUCAUUGGGGGUUAAGUGAGCACAACUCAUGCCGCCCUUUUCACCUGUCACUGCAUAUUUGCAUCAGCCACACACUUGGGGGACCGGGCAUGGGUUUGGAUUAAGGACCCGAGGGAAUGUUGAUCUCUGAUGAUGAAACGGGCGAUCGUCGGUGAAGUGAGUGGAUUAUGGAUUGUUUCAUGAUGAAGCACUGAAGUCACCCCACAGGGCUACAACUGCGGUACAUGGAGCUCAUGGAUGGCAUGAUGGAAAUAAGAAAAGAGAUGGGAUGAUCAGCGAAGGCUUGUUUGCCAGCCACCUCAUUUACCGUGGACUGAAAUGGGAGAUGGAAGUAUGAGGAGGGUAUCAGCGCUCAUCGAAAGGUGCUUGUUAUCGCGUUUGUUUGGUAUUUGUGGUUGUUAGGUCGUUUAUCAUUGGGCUUUUCGUAUUGCAGUCUAGCAUUCAGGAAGGCAAUUGCAUCAUCGGCAUCUCAUUGUUGACUUUCGCUUGCUUUAGGUAGUUUAAUUAAGAGUGUUUUGU